AUGAGCACCGGCGCUGCACAGCCCCGUAUGAAGACAGACGAAGAAGCAGAAGAACCAUCGACCAACGACCCUCCUCCGUCCCACGCAGAUGAUACCCGCGAAUACAGCACCACGAUCGAGGAAAGAGACAACGAGGCCGGGGCUCACCAAUAUGACAUGGAUCAUGAUCCUUUCAUAGAACCCCAAGAGGAUGAGGACUGCGAAGAUAAUUGGGACUCAGACGGGAACCCUGGACCAUAUCCUCGAUACCGUCCUCGGAACAGGGUGUCCAUACUGGAAUACAUCAAGAAAACCCGUGCGGUAGAUUUAGUUACGGCGGAGAUGUUCCAACAAGAGGACGGCACACCAGAGGACCCAGACGAUCCACGACGACAUAGCGUUAAUAUUAUCACAUUCUUGGCUGCACUUCAUGACAAAAGCAAGUCCAACCAAUACGUUUUUACGUGUUAUAAAAAGCUCCCAGAUGUAGGAGUUGCAUACCUUUCCAGAAUGGAGAGGAAAAUACUGCUUCGCCGCUUCGCAAAGCCCUUGGAUAGGCGUCGAUCCCACGCUCGUUAUUAUCUCCAGUUGGUGCAUGACAUGAUCGAUGCAGAACUCCCGAUGAAUCGCUGGCAUUGGACAAACGCCAUUUAUUUUACCGCCCACAAGGUGCCCGUUCUUGAAAGAAGAGACUUGGAAGAUGCUCUAUAUCUUUGGCGUAAAAUGGAAUCCGUCGGCAUAGUAGCGGACGGUGCGAUAUUCGAGCUUUUGUUCAUGAUAGCUACCAAGUCCAAUCAGUUUGCGGUGGCCGAUAGCCUAUUAAAGGAAAUGAAGCACCGAAAACUGCCUCUUUCUCGGCACGGGAUGGUUUCCAAGAUAUAUGCGAGUGGGAGAAGACAGGAUCUCAAUGGCGUCCAAGACAGCUUUGAUGAAUUCGUCCAGGCAGGAGGGAUUGUCGAUACAACGGUUCUCAACGCCUUGCUUUCUGCUCUACUGCAAAUAGGAUCAGAAGAGGUGGCACAGCAGCUAUACUCCAAAAUGAUCACGGCACACACCGUCAGCCACCUCCAAACCCAUCCACAACAUGCCUUUGCCCCAUCCACUUUGACUGAAUUCGGAGGUUGGAGAUAUAGUGCCCGGAGGCUUGGAGACAUUUUCAAAAGAUACACGAGGCUCAGGGACCAGUAUGAAGAGAACCCGGCACAAGUGCAGGAUUUGGUCCCAAUGUCGCCCGAUACAAGAACGUUUUAUAUUGUCUUUAACCAUCACUGUCUUCGAACGGGUGACUUGAAACAAAUCUGUCAAAUUCUUAGAGACAUGGAAACAGUGUUCCUAGUCCCGCCCCAGUCGUUCGUCUAUAACUCCCUUUUUUUGGGUUUCUCUCGUCAUGGGGCGUCGCAAGGCUGGACGAAAGAGAGACUCCUGGAAGUAUGGGUGGUAUUCCGACGCUUGCUAUACGAGUCCGAGACAAGACUGUCGAGACUCGAAAGCGACGGCGUGCUCAUUGAGUCGCUUUGGGAGAAUCCUCUUGAAUCAAUUGCCAAUACUUUAUUGGGCCCAGCUGAUGACGACCAGCUGUUAAAACGCAAAGCAGCCCCUGAAAUGUCGCUCGGCGGGGAAAUUGAAGGCGUGGAAGAAGAGGAUAUCAUGAAAAGGUUCGACAAUAUGGGCCAUUACCGACGCUCUUCGUAUCUCGAUGAUAGUACUCCGCGACGACUAGAAAACACUAUGCUGCUUAGCCGUGGGCUCAACAUUGCCAUAUUGAAAGCAUUUGGCGCUCAUUUGGGGUCUAGAGGUUUAAUUAAAAUCUACACCCAGAUCGAGAGGAUCUGGAAACCAUGGAAGAGACUGCCCUCGGACGCCCACGCUGUCAAAAACGAGUUAGACAGGCAAUUAACCAGAAUAAAAGAGAGAGAACGCCAUGCUCGUUUUCAAAACGCUUCGCAUCCCUCGGCGAGAAACGAGUGA